AUGGAGCCUGAGCACUAUACAAUCAUCGUCUACACUGAUAUCCAGGACCUGACCUCAGCCCUGAUAGGAGUCAGCCUGCCGCUGGAAGGCAGCGUGUGCACGUGCACGAACGCAGUGCUUGCUGAGCUCAUACGUGUACUCACAAGUGUGAGAGUGCCGUGCUGGGACAGCAUCAGCCCCAGGAACUCUAGGUGGGCAGAGCUUAAAGUCAAAGCUCCCAGGUACAUAGGCCUCUCCUCCAUGCUGUGCUGGAUCCUGACCAUGUUAAUAAACACCAUUUCCCCCAUCUAUGUGACUAGUAAGUGGAUCAACACAAGCAUCACAAAGAGAAAAGACUAUGGGUACUGUAACGCUGUCUUCCAAGACACCUUCACAGGAUCGCUGUUCUUGGCACUACUAUUAUUGCCUGAUGCUGUGUCCUUGGGGCUCAUGCUCCUGGCCAGCAGCUACAUGGUGUUCAUCCUGCACAGACACAAGCAGCAGGUGCAGCACAUUCAUGGUCCCAGGAAUGCUUCCCCCAGGACUUCCCCUGAAUCCAGAGCUACUCGGAGCAUCCUUGCUCUGGUGAGCACAUUUGUAUUUUUUUACAUGGUCUCCUCCACUUUCCAAGUGUAUUUGGCUCUUCUUAGUAAGCCCAGUCAAUUAACAGUGAACAUCUCUGCAUUAUUUGCUGGCUGUUUCCCAACUCUUAGCCCCUAUCUUCUCAUGAGCUGUGACUCCAGGGUACCCAGGCUCUUCUUUGCCUCGAUAAGGAAUACAAAAUCCCCCAACAUUAUCAGAAACAUGUACCUUGUAUUUGCUUUAUAA